AUGCCCCCUGCGAGCCGACCGUUGCAUGCUCCGACCCUGCUGCUCGCCGCCGUCAGAACCGAGGUCCGCUCUCGCUGCCGUGCCCAGUCUCGCCUCCAUUUCGUCUCCCGUCCUCGCGUCGUCGCUCGCUCGACGUCCCAGAGAAGCAUGUCGACGAUGCGAGCGCUCGUCUACCGCGGGCCCGACGCCGUCUUGCUGGAGCGGCGGCCCAAGCCGGCGAUCCUGAGGCCCACCGACGCCGUCGUGAGGCUCACCAAGACGACCAUCUGCGGCACCGACCUGCACAUCAUCAAGGGCGACGUCGCCACCUGCCAGCCCGGCCGCAUCCUCGGCCAUGAGGGCGUCGGCGUCGUCGACGAGGCCGGGCCCUCGGUCUCGGCCUUUCGACCCGGCGACGCCGUGCUCGUCUCGUGCAUCUCGAGCUGCGCGACGUGCGACUACUGCCGCGAGGGCAUGCCCAGCCACUGCCGCGACGGCGGCUGGGUCCUCGGCAACACCAUCGACGGCACCCAGGCCGAGUACGUGCGCGUCCCCCACGCCGACUCGAGCCUCUACCGCAUCCCCGACGGCGUCGACGAGGCCGCCCUCGUCCUGCUGAGCGACAUUUUCCCCACGGGCCUCGAGUGCGGCGUCCAGAACGGCCGGGUCCGGCCCGGAUGCACCGUCGCCAUCGUCGGCGUCGGGCCCGUCGGCCUCGCCGCCCUCCUCACGGCCCAGCUCUACUCGCCCUCCAAGAUCAUCGCCAUCGACACGGACCCGAGCAGGCUCGCCGUCGCCGCCAAGCUCGGCGCCGACUGCACCGUCGACAACGCCGCCGUGGACGCCGUCGCCGAGGUGCACGCCCUCACCGCCGGCAAGGGAUGCGACGCCGUCAUCGAGGCCGUCGGCGUCCCCGCCACAUUUGACCUCUGCCAGAGGCUGCUGGCGCCCGGCGGCAUCCUCGCCAACGUCGGCGUCCACGGCGUGCCGGCCAGCCUGCACCUCGAGAGCCUCUGGGACAAGAACAUUGCCAUCACGACGCGCCUCGUCGACACCGUCACGACGCCCAUGCUCGUCAAUCUCGUCGCGUCGGGCAAGCUCCAGCCAUUGCAGCUCGUCACGCAUCGCUUCAUGUUUGGCGACAUGGAAAAGGCAUACAAGACCUUUGGAGAGGCAAGCAAGACGGCGGCCCUCAAGGUUCUCGUCGAGUUUGAAGGCAGUGCCGCCGAGGUUUCGUCCUGA